GCAUCACCGCGCAUGUUCCCUCCUUUCUCGCGUUCCGCUCUAACCUACAAGCUGUCCACUUUCUUCGCUCAGCGAAAUCGUGAGUCCCGAAUAGGUUAAGUUGCUUUGGAAUACACAGCGAAGUGAUCCUCGGCGCGUGGCAGGCCAAUAACUAUUCGCACAAAUAGCAUUGAGUUUUACAACCAGAGUUUCAUAGUGAAACUAUGAACAUGGCAGCGAGCGCUGGCCUCACACGGCAAGAGGUGCUGAUGCUAUUAGCAAGAUUAACGUGCGUUGCAGCAAUCGGCUUUUUCAGUAUGAGAUGGCUAAUCAGUCAGCUCGAUCCUACUAGGAGUACCAAGCAAAGAGCCAAAAAGAAAGCUCAGGAGCAAUUACGUAAAUUGGCAGAAAGUGACAGAUAUGCACGAUCCUUUGACAUGAACCAAUUGACAGAUUAUGAAAUGAUAAUAGCUAAUCAUCUAGUAGAUCCAAAUGAUAUCAAAGUAUCAUGGAGCAGCAUUGCUGGUCUGGACAAUGUCAUUCAAGAACUCAAGGAGACAGUUAUUCUGCCUAUACAGAAAAAGGAAUUAUUUGAAGAUUCGCAAUUAACUCAAGCACCCAAGGGAGUAUUACUAUAUGGUCCACCAGGUUGCGGCAAGACCAUGAUCGCCAAGGCCACCGCUCGGGAAGCGAAGACUCGCUUCAUAAAUCUAGAUGUGAGCAUCUUGACUGACAAAUGGUAUGGGGAAAGUCAAAAGCUGGCCGCCGCUGUUUUCUCAUUGGCAGUGAAACUGCAGCCCUGCAUUAUUUUCAUUGAUGAAAUAGAUUCGUUUUUGAGAUCGCGUAAUUCACAGGAUCACGAAGCCACGGCAAUGAUGAAGGCCCAAUUUAUGUCGCUAUGGGACGGUUUGAUAACCGAUCCUGAUUGUACUGUGAUUAUAAUGGGAGCCACUAACAGGCCACAAGAUUUAGAUAAAGCAAUUCUACGUCGUAUGCCAGCGACAUUCCAUGUUGGAUUGCCAAAUGAGCAGCAGCGAUUAAAAGUUUUGCAGUUAAUACUAAAAAACGAGCCAACCGCAGACAAUGUAGAAAUUGCAACAUUAGCAAAGCAUACGGAAGGCUUCUCUGGAUCUGAUUUACAAGAACUCUGUCGGAACGCAUCUAUAUAUCGUAUUAGAGAUUAUUUAUAUUCACACGACGGUCUCAAAUACGAAAAUAACACAGACGAUGAAUAUGACGAAGAAUUUCACGAUACCGUGCGGCCCAUCACGAUGGAGGACUUACUCAAAUCGUUCAGAAAGAUGAGAACAUCGAAACUACACACGGGAACGCUUAGCACAAGACAGCUGGAUCUAGAUUAAGGAAAGAAAUUUAUCAUGUGUUAGUCGCUGUCUGUGUGACUGUUUUUUUUUUGACAAUUCUUUGUGUGUUACAUAGAUGUUACGGCAACGAUGACAGUGAUAUUCUGCUUCAUCAUGAAACUAUAAUCUUCAAUACUGUUGAAAGUGGUUUCCUUGUCGUGAACGUUUAAAAUUUGUAUGAAGAUAUAUAAUGUUGAAAUAGGGCAAAUAGAAUCAUCGCGAGCGAAGUUUAUAAUUCCAUAGUAAAAGACAUAGAAGAAAAUUUUACAAUAAGGCGAAAUAAGAGUUUCCUUCUAGACAUGUAUCACGCGUUUGAUGAUAAAACCAAUGGCAUGAGUGUCAUUUAAUUCUAUUACAUAAAAAUUUUUAUUUGAUCUCAUUUAAUUCUUUUUGCAGAAAGUAUAAUUUGUUGUCGCCUAAAUAACAUAGUUUUUUCAAAAUUAAAAAUUAAAAAACUUUAAAAUAUAAUUUUUUUAUAACAAAUAUAAAAAUAUAAUUAAAGCUAAUAGGCAUGUCCAAAAUUUGUGUAUGUAAUUAAAUGUAUAACAAAGUAUUAAAUUAUGCAAAAAAGUGAAAAAGAAUUUCCGAUUCAUAAUCGCAGCGUUGCAAAAA